AGGCGAGGCGAACAGGUGACGACAUCGUUGUCAUACUCUCGUGAUUUCAUAACACGCCAUUUUCUUUGUGCGAAGCGCUGGAGCGCGGAGGUGUUUUCACAGGCCGUGUUCCCUGACGAGUGUUCCCCCAGCGAAGAAUGGCGUCCCGCAAGAAAGUGUUGCUGAAAGUCAUUAUCCUCGGGGAUUCAGGAGUCGGGAAGACAUCUCUGAUGAACCAGUACGUCAAUAAGAAGUUUAGUAAUCAAUACAAAGCGACAAUAGGGGCGGAUUUUUUGACCAAGGAAGUGAUGGUGGAGGAUAGAAUAGUCACCAUGCAGAUUUGGGAUACCGCCGGGCAGGAGAGGUUUCAAUCGUUAGGAGUGGCUUUUUACAGAGGCGCGGACUGUUGCGUCCUGGUAUUCGAUGUAUCCGCUCCGACUAGCUUCAAAUCCCUAGAUUCAUGGAGAGAUGAAUUUUUAAUUCAAGCGUCGCCUCGAGAUCCAGACAACUUUCCGUUUGUCGUGCUCGGGAACAAAGUAGAUCUUGAAUCAAGAGCGGUCUCCAGCAAGAGAGCACAACAGUGGUGUCAAUCAAAGAACAAUAUUCCAUAUUUUGAAACUAGUGCAAAAGAGGCUAUUAAUGUCGAGCAAGCUUUCCAAACGAUAGCUAAAAACGCUUUAGCUCAAGAAAGUGAAGUCGAACUUUACAAUGAAUUCCCGGAUCAAAUCAAAUUGACCAACGACCAAAGAAGCAACGGUAGAGGUGAUUCAUGUGCUUGCUAGGUCUUGGAACAGUGGUAAUAUCUCGAAUGACUAAUAAAGAAUGCACAGGUCAGAUACAUUCACGUCACCUGCGCGUAAAGGACGCGGAGAAUUUAUAUUGCGAUGAGCUUUAUGUGUGCAGGAAGUCACGAAAUUUCUUUCUUUAUCUCAACGUGUUAUACAAUCUUCCUCUGUGUCCGUGAAACAAAAAGAAAAUGUCUCAAUAUUUUCGAAAUAAUUUUGUUCAAACAGUCGCGUUAGAGUGCACGGUAAAGAGAAAAGAAGUAACGAGUUAAAUCCAUACGUAAAGGAACGUGUACAAACUAUCUCGAUAUACAUACAUAUAAUAUCUAUAUAUAAUUGUUUUUAUAAACGUGCGUAUGGGAGUAAGAUAUAUAUCCGACUUCCUGACCUGGAAUAUCGCAAUUUUGAAUUAUCUACUCCCGCUGGACUUGACUUGUCACAUAUAGGUCCUCUAUCUCUAUGUUAUUCUUUAAGUCAAGGAUUCGCAUCUCGUUUUUAAGUAUUGUAAUAUUGCUCUCUUAUCGGGUAUAUGGCGAAACAUAGUCUAUCUUUUUCUCUUAUUUUCUUUUUAUCUCGAGUCUUGAUAGUUUGUUGUCGAUUAAUUUUCACCGGAACAAUAAUAGCUCGAGAUUUUCGAACGAUAUGUAGGAGUCGUUGUUGCACCAGAGAGGAUAAUAUAUGGGUCGGGAACACAGUUAGCGGUACACUGUUAGUAAAUUAUAAUAAAAGAACUUGCUCAUAAUUUGUUAAGUACAAUUGCAUUUACAGAGGAGCUCUUAGUGCAUAUAGCUUAUUAUACCUUAGACAGAACCGAAUACUUGCUGUCAGUAAAAAUGGUUCAUAUGAAAUAGAACGAAAAUAAGAUAAAGUUACAAUAAAGUUACUAAGAUACUUUGUAGUAUGUCUCGUAAGAUGUUUUAACCAGUCUGAAAUUCACGCGAAUGGCACGGUGUAAACUCCUCAAAUCUUUGUUUUCUAUUCGGAAAAAUUCUCAAUUGUUAUAUAUAUACAUAUAUAUAUAUAUUGAAAUAUAAAAUUAUAUUAUAAAAAUUUUGGCUUGUUGCGCACGUAUUAUGAUGCUAAACAUGUUAUUUUGUUCAUAUAAUUAUUUUUAACUUAGGGAUGUUUGUAUGGCCACCCCGAUUAGGAAGAAAAAGAAGAGAAUUCGUUGCAGACCUGACUUAGAACAAAAAUUUCCCUUUUGUUGGAUAUGUUGUCUGUAAUACAUUUUGCAAAAGCUACUUUUCAAGUUUUCGAGCGCGCGCGUUUCAGCGAAGUCCCGAAUUUUCCCCUCUGAAACGAGAUUCCUCUUCUUGUACCGCGAUGCACACCGAUUUUUAAGAUUUUUUACUGUACAGUAGGAUCCCAAGUGCGCGGUAAGUUAAUCGUCAAUUGUAUGGUCUACCGAACAGUUUUACGCAGACUAUAUUUUGUAAAUAAGACAGCAUAUAUAAUCCACUUAGGAAAAUUUAAUGUUAUAAAAAUGAAUCUUUAUAUCUUGAUAGCCAUAUCAAAUAAGUAUGCGCUUGUAAUAUUUUAAUUCUACUUAUAGUCCUUAUUAGAGCAGUAACUAAACCUAACGGCGUGUGAUAUUUAUUUCGAUGGAGGGAGCGAGCUUUUACAUAGUUGGUGCGAGACACGAGGAGUAUUUACAUUAAUGCUGUAUUUCAGAUUUUUGUAGUAAAGAAAAAAAAGAAAAGAAAUGAUUGUGCGCCCAUUAAGAUGUGUUUAAAUGUUUUAAGAUUCGAUUUCCUAGGAAGAUAGAGAGAGAGUGAGAGAGAGAGAGCAAGGUAAGCAUGCUUUUCCCCAGUAGUAAUGUAGCACGAUAGUAUUAUGCAUCGCGGUACCGGUAAUUGCCACCCAAGUCGUUCCGUUAAUCCUCGGUUGUUUGCCAGUCUCUGGAUUUAUAAUUAGAUUUGGCGAAACUUCGACUUCGUCAGGAGCUUCUAAUGCACGAUCCUUCCCUUCCCAAAUUAUGUUUGCUUAUAACGAUUAUAUGACCAUCAGCGCGCAAAUAAAAUUACUUUCCGCGUGGGCGAAAUCCUCUAAUAAUAUAAUUGACGUCUAAACUGAUCCACUUAAAAGUCUUCAUCACAAAGGAACAAUCGAACUCAAUUAUCGAUAUCCGCUAUUUCUGGGCCACCCUGUGUAUAUAUAACAUUCUAAUAAAGUAAAAAUUUAGCGUGUGAAAUAUAUGCAUGCGCAGGGUAUCCCAAAAAUCGCACACAUCUACAUUACUUGCCGAAGAAUGAUGAUUAACUGUAUCAAUAGCUUUUGAUUGCUAAACGAUUAACACUUGAAGGGCUCCCGAAGGGGCUCGAGAGUUCUAGGGAUGCAGAUGAAUAAUAAAAAUCUAACAGACUUCUAAUAUUUAAGGCGCAACUGUCAAGAUGUUUGAUAUGUGUGAAGUGUAAUAGAUGUAAAAGGCGAAGUCCAAUCGAGCUUUCAUUACGGAAAAGUUGAUUUUAAAUUUGUCGAAGAAUCAACAGAGAAGGUGCGCGAUUUCUGAGACGCUCUGUAUAUAUAUGGCAGUGCGAGGUAUUCGUGCUGUCAAGUGUGCUUUCAUGGGUCUACGCAUAUAUACGUAUGCACGUGUAUAUAAGUGAAGAUAAUCAUGACCAUGGCGAUUAUAAUUAAUGAUAUGUAUAAUUCUAUCGGAGUAUGUUAAUGAUAAAUAUAAUUAUAAAUAAUA